UUGGUCUGCGUCUCUUGUCCGCUCACGGUCGCCGCCUUCCAACGUCGCCUUGCGCGUUCCGGCCACCGACUCCACGAUAUCCGGGUAGACGAGGAGUUUCGUUCGUGCCUCGGUGCAUCUCCCUUUCCUGUCUCAGGACACCAGACAUCAACCCGGACCCCGAUGUUCCACCAUGUGUGAGCACCAACUGACCCGCCUCGUCGAGAUUACCAACUCCAAAUCCCGGCCGGCCCCUUCACGAUAGAGGGGAAGAUAUCGUAUUGAACCCUCCGCAGGGUUGGUCCAUCCUGCGCGGUGUCGUCUUCCCCGUGGGCUCUGCGGCUUCGUCGCCGUACCAGCGGCCAAAAUGGAUCCCCUCCACCUCACCGAGUUCGCCUCGGAUCGCUAUUUUGAGAAGCUAUCACAACUGAGAGAUGCCUCCGGAAGUCAGGAGGAAGGACAUGCUGUUGAAGGCCCUUCAUUACCACCUCAACCCCUACCGCAAUCGACUUUCAUCCUACCGCUCAGGGCAUCACAAGGAGUGGAAGUAGAAGAGCCUGUUAUUGUGAAGCCAGGUGACCAGAAACGCGAGAAGAGCCGAUUUCUCAGUUUCCGAUCUAAGCUUCUCCCUACAAAGUCUUCAUCAUCAACACCGACAAUAGUAAUACCAACACCACCACCGCCACCACCACCAGCAACAACAACAGCAACAACCACAGAACAAGCCGAAUGGAGGACGUCCAUAGCAGACUCUAACAGGCGAAGCCUUGCGUUUGACGAACUAUUCGUGCAUCUUCCGAAUGAGCUUCAAGUGCAAAUCAUAGCUUCACUUCCGUUGUCGGACAUUUUGAACAUCAGGCUCGCAUCUAGAUCUCUCCACGCGCUCAUAACAUUGAAUGAGGCAACCAUCGUCCGCUAUCACUUGGACCACCACGUACCAGCCUACGCCAAGCGACUCUACCCAGCACCCGAGAAUACACACCCCAGCUUCCAUUAUCUUUGUGGGAUAUGGCACCGACUGCAUGUCGCUGCCAAGUUGGCUUACUUGAUGUGCGAGUGGAUCACGAAGGAAAUAUUUCUCAGGACAACGGAAGAAAAGAAGCAAGAGUUCGCUCCGCAACGGGAACGCAUGCGGCGACGACUUAUACCACUGCUCUUUACCGUCUACCAUUUCUUCGAGACGUAUCGCGAUCUUCAUCUGAAGCACAUCGAGGAGAACGGCGGAUAUGGCCUACUCAAGGAACCCUACACCCUGAAUCCAAUCGAAGCGAAAAUCAUGAACAUGUACGACGACCAGACCCUGCUCCGAGUGCACCAGGUCUUCCCACUCGUCAUCUCCUCUUUUUGUCGACGGCUAAGGCCUCCGUCAUAUGUUGGCCGAGUCGAAGGAGCCCUCCGAGGUUAUCUGAGGGAGAAGCCGCCGGACGAUGUUCACGUCGCCAUCCUCUGCAUCGGCGGCCUGAGACAGGUCGAAAGAUUUUGGGAAGUCAAAGGCUACAACGUCAGGAGAGCGGCCGUCGACACGUGGUAUAGCUCGGUCGUUGAGCCGGAGGCGAAGAAGCGGCGAGGGCUGAUGGGACUGGGGCGGAAAAAGUCGAGCAUCGCAAUUGGGAAACAAGCGGCGCAUGACGGUGCCCAGGCCGGACGGCGCUCGUGGGAUUCUGCUUCGCCGAACUCCAACAGCAACAACUUCAUCUUCAAUACGAGUCUCGCUGCUGGGAUGCCGAUGAGUUCACUAAACAAGGAUCAGCUGAAGUCGCUACUGGCAGACUUGCCGAUAUUGCAGCAGAUCUGGUUGACGACAGCGGAGGCCCUGAUCCUCGACCGGAAGAUCGUCGAGCGGCCGUCGGACAUCAAGCGCAACGCACAGGUCAUGCUGGAGCUGAUCCGCGAGGAGGGAAUUGAAGAGGAGGAUGAGUGGUGGUACGGCACAUCGGCCGCCGAAUCCGUCCGUCCCAACCUCGAAGCCAUCGAAGAAGACGCACUCGAAUGAGAGAGCGUUCCGCCCAGGAUCGAAACAACAGACAAGGGACCUCAGAAGGAGGAUUCCUGUCCUCUCUCCGGCGUUCUUAACCAACUAUAUACUCUGCUACAACUACUUCACUAUAUUUUCUCGGCUGCUAUUCUUCAUGGAGCGAGGUUGGGGCAAACUGGCGUCUCCAAAGACGAGUUGGAACCACGCAAAGCUAUUUUCUCAUUUGUCGUUCUGGAUCACCAUUGAAAAGCAUAUGCA